AUUUACCCCACCAUCACUGUUUAUUUUAUCUCAACCUCAAGCUCAUGUAGAACCGAACUAGAUAUCUCGGAGUUAUGGAUGUCUCAGAUAUUCCAAGUAGCCAAGAGACGGUCGAGGACCCUACUUUACCAGGGUCCUCAGCUGAAGGGGCCACUAUCAUCCUGACACCAGAAAACGCUGAGGCACGACUGGCAUUCCAUGAUGUUGCGGAAUGGCUGCACACACAAACCGACGAUCCUGAUAAUCAAGCUGCGCAACUACACACACGAAAGUGCAUGUGGAUCUCUUCAAAGCAACAAAAUGAUCCUGAAGCCGCGCUUCAAGGAGCAUCGGAAAGCCUUUCAUCAUCAUCACCAAUUUCAUCGCCACGGGAUCCAAAAUCAUCGUCCCGCUCAAACAAAAAAGAUGAGAGUCGAGACCGUUACGAAAUCUGGAAAGGCCACUACUUCAUAUUUCUCGAUAAACCCCCGCGAAAUCCGUCAAGAGGAUGGGUAGUUGGGGCUCUGAGAGAUGCCCCCCAUUUGAACGAUAUCGUCCUUUGUUUACAUUCUGGUAACGACAAGAUGUACAAGGUUCGACGCAAUCAAGCUAUCUUUCAAAUCGAUGAAACAAGUUUUGUAUCUGUGCAGCCAAUAACUAGCAAAUCUGCGACCAAGGUCAACGGGGAUAAGAUCUCCGACAAGAGAGUUUUCAAUCAGUCAUCUGCUCAGCUUGCGUUUGGAUCCCUCUGCUACCGAAUCGAGUAUGCUCGAGCGUCUUACGCUGACGACUAUCCCAACAGAGUCCAGCGUUACUUGAAAGAGCAUCUCAACAUUCAUACCACUCUAUUGAACCUAUCACUGACACCAACACCAUCUGAAAACAGCCCCAUUACCAUCGGACAAUGGACUAUCAGCGCAGGUACUAUAGGCAAAGGAGCAUCUGGAAUGGUCAGCAUCGCCUCGAAUGUCCAGGGUCAACGUGUUGCUUUGAAAAGAGUGCAAGUAGGAAGAGACAGGGAGCGCGUACGGAAAGUUCAAAUAAAGCUAGAGACACUUGCUGCAUUGAGCCUGAAGAAGAACGAAAACCGCUUGCUGCGACUUAUCGAAGUUAUCACGGAUGAUGUGAGAUCAACUAAUAGGAUAGCCGAUGUUUGGUUUGUUCAAGAACCAGCUGCUCAGGAAAUACUUUCCACUGCCCUCACCAGGGGUCUGUUCAAACAAGGUCAUGAGAGGAUACCUAUCGUUACAACCGUUCUGGCAGAUAUACUCGGCGCUGCAAACUUCCUCCACAGAAAUAACUGGAUGCACGGAGAUCUCAAACCCGCCAACAUUGGUAUCCGAACUUGGACCGCCGAGUGCAAAUCUAUAGUGCUGCUCGAUCUCGACGAUGCUGAGGAAAGCCCCUUUCCAGGUAGACAUCACCCUGCUCGACCUGGAACCGGUGGAACCAUUGGGUGGCUAGCUCCUGAGCGAGAGAUGACGGGAUACAACGAGUUGGCUGAUAUCUGGAGCAUCGGUGUCAUCGCCAUUGAGAUGAUUUGGGGGCGCCAUCCAUGGCGACAGUGGAAGAAUCCUUGGAGAACAGGCUCUGAGGCUAGUCAGUUGCAGAAAGAGUUUCAAGACAUGUAUGGAGAAGCCAUUGAAUCUUUAAACAAGCUUCAUAAUGAGGCUUUGAGAAACGCUGUUCUUGGCAUGGUGCGGCAUCCGUAUGCUGAAACACCAGCACAAUGCCAAUCAAGACUUACAGCUAAAGAGGCUCUGAGUCUUCUGACGGAUGCUGAGAAUGGUGAAAACUCUAGUAAGCGACAUAGAGCGUCUUGAGAUAGAUAUCUGGAGGCUUGCGCGGGCUAAGUUGCACUAGACGAUACCUUUCGUAUAGAGCUUGGGUAAUUCGUAGUGAAUAGGAUUUUAGUUACUAUAGACCCAAAGAAAAUAAAACAUAGAGAACUG